AUGAAGGACACCAAUCAUCGCGCUUGGUUAUCUGGAGUGUCUGAACGCAUGGUGCGGGCAGCAGCUAUCGGCGUCCUUUACUAUAUCGCUGACGCUGAUAUUGAUGGUUAUAUUGAUGCUGCUGAUUAUGCUGCUACUGAUGUUGUUGAUGAUGAUAACGGUCCUGGCGCUGAUAUCGUAUAUGUGGGCUGUUAUGAGGAUCACGAGAAUCGUGUUCUUCUUCCUCAUAGGCCAAACUCCAACUCGAACACACCAGUGGAGUGUGCUAGUCGUUGCAGUGACUACAGAUAUGCGGGCGUAGAGUACCGUUUGUGGUGCUUCUGUGGUAAUUCGCUCAACGCGACUAAAACGCAAGAGUCGCACUGUAAUAGUGACUGUCCUGGAGACAGAAGCAAGAAGUGUGGCGGAUAUUGGAGGAUCAGUGUGUAUACUAAUUGGGCAUGCGGACCACCACCGGCCAUUGCAAAUGGAAAUGCGACCUUACGCCAAGGUAUAAAUGUUACAUACGGGUCCAUCGCUGAUGUACACUGUGACCCUGGUUUCAUCAGCCAAUCACCAAUAACGUGCAUGUCUAACAAAUCAUGGGAAUAUGCGACCUGCAAAGAGCUAGCAUGUGGACCACCACCGGCUAUUGCAAACGGAAAUGCGACCUUACGCCAAGGUACCAAUAUAACAUACGGUUCCAUCGCUGAUGUAGACUGUGAUCAUGGUUUCAUUGGCCAUUCAACAAUAACUUGCCUUUCUAACAAAUCAUGGGAAUAUGCGACCUGUGAUCAGCUAGACUGUGGUAGUACUUUACCAAUUGUGAAUGGGCGGAUCUCGCUGUUACAACGUGACAAUACUUCAUACGGGACACAAGCCACCGUCAGUUGCAGUGUUGGGUUCAGACCUAAUAUUUCUCGAAUAACUUGCUUGGCCAAUGGCAAAUGGGAAAGUGCAACCUGCAAGCAAGUCAAUAUCGUUUAUCUGGGAUGUUAUGAGGAUAAUCAGAUUCGUGUCCUGCUUCCUAUGAUGCCAGCCUCUCUGUCGAACACACCAGAGGAGUGUGCAAGUCAGUGCAGUGACUACAGAUAUGCGGGCGUGGAGGUCGGAUUUGUGUUCUUUACUCCUGUGCUGGAGACAGCAACAAGAUAUGUGGUGGAGUUUAUAAGCUAA